AUGGUGAUGACAAGGUUUGCUUACUUGUUCUUGUUUGCCAUGCUCUUAAGCUUAAGCUAUGCAGCAAUAACACCAACAAGUUCUUUGUCAGUAGGACAAACUCUCAGCUCCCCUAAUGAGAUUUAUGAAUUGGGGUUCUUCAGUCCUAAUAACUCUCAGAAUCUCUAUGUCGGAAUCUGGUUCAAGGGUAUCACUCCCCGGGUGGUUUUGUGGGUGGCAAAUAGAGAAAACCCUGUUACAGACUCCACGGCAAAUCUAGCUAUCACCAGCAAUGGAACUCUUAUCUUAUUCAAUGGCCAACAUGACCCCCUCUGGUCUAUCGGAGAGACUUUUGCAUCUAAUGGGUCUCGUGCAGAGCUUUCAGACAUCGGAAAUCUUGUUGUCAUAGACAAAGUUUCAGGAAGAACUCUAUGGCAAAGCUUUGAGCAUCUUGGUGACACUAUGCUGCCUUUGUCAACUCUGAUUUACAAUCUCGCCACCGGUGAGAAGCGUGUGUUGACUUCUUGGAAAAGUGACACUGAUCCAUCGCCUGGAGACUUUGUGGUUCAGAUUUCACCGCAAGUGCCAUCACAGGCGUUUACUAUGAGAGACUCGACGCCUUACUGGAGAAGCGGUCCUUGGGCUAAAACAAGGUUCACUGGGAUACCGGAAAUGGAUGAAACAUACACAAGUCCGUUCAGCCUUCAGCAGGAUGCAAACGGGUCAGGAUCCUUCACUUUUCUUCACAGAAACUUCAAACUUCCUCGUAUAGUGAUAACAUCAGAGGGCUCACUGAAGAUUCCUCUGUAUAAUGGGACUGAAUGGGAGUUAUACUUUGAGGCUCCAGUGAACUUAUGUGAUCAUUACGGUGUAUGUGGACCUUUUGGGUUGUGUGUGAUGUCAAAAUGUAAAUGCUUCAAAGGGUUUAUACCAAAAUACAGUGAAGAGUGGAGAAGAGGAAACUGGACUGGUGGUUGUGUGAGACGCACGGAACUACUAUGUCAGGGAAACUCUACUAGCGAAGAUGCAAACGUCUUCCAUGCUGUUGCCAACGUAAAGCCUCCAGACUUUUACGAGUUUGCAGCAACUUCUGAGACUGCUGAAGAUUGCUACCAAAGUUGCGUUCACAAUUGUUCUUGCUUGGCCUUUGCUUAUAUUCAUGGAAUAGGGUGUUUAGUGUGGAACCAGGAGCUGAUGGAUGCUGUGCAGUUUUCUGCAAGAGGAGAACUUAUUUCCAUCCGUCUUGCACGCUCUGAAAUGGGUGGAAACAAGCGCAAGAAGACUAUUACUGCUAGUAUUGUCAGCCUUUCCCUUUUUGUGAUUUUGGGGUCUGCUGGGUUUUGUUUCUGGAGAUACAGAGUCAAACAUAAUGCCAAUAUAUCAAAGGAUGCUUCACAAGAUGCAUGGAGAAAUGAUCUUACACCGCAAGAUUUCUCAAGUUUAUGUUUCUUUGAGAUGAAUACUAUUGAAACUGCCACAAAUUAUUUCAGUCACUCAAAUAAACUCGGACAAGGUGGAUUUGGUUCUGUUUUUAAGGGAAAGCUACAAGAUGGGAAAGAAAUUGCUGUAAAACGUCUUUCUAGCAGCUCAGACAAGAUUGGUGUAAUCAUGUCUCAACAGAAUGAAGAUGUCUCUUCUCCACCUCUUCUCGGACAAGAAUUAGCGUGUGAAAAAUGGAAGGUUCAUGUUAUAGAUGAUGAUGGAAAGAUUACAGAAGAAAAUAUUUCUGGAAAGCAAGUUUGGAGUAUGAAAAAUCGUCGAGUUAUGGUUGAUUAUAAUAGGAGAGGACAACCUAUAAAGGAUUCAGGAGGAUUAUUAGGUUCCUGGUUAGGUUCCUUGAGCUACGAUCUAAACAUCUUACCAGUUAACUACACUGAUUGGAGGAAAAUUGCUGCAUACAGGAAGGAUAUGGCCUGGAAAGUGAUUCAGGAAGAACAGAGCGGUGUUGAACCAAGUCGAAGUGAAAUCUUUAUUGCAUCACGUACGAGAUCAGAUGGAACUAUGAUUUGCGAGGAAGAAAAUAUCUGUGCGGUUAGUUCUUUACUUUCAAAGUUCUGUGUUUGGAAAGUUGAUGUGUCUUGUGUUUGGAAAGUUGAUGUGUCCUCUGGUUCUUAUGGAAAGGUUUAG